AUGUCGGGCUCUUUGAAAUUCACUGAGCAUCGUUAUGCCGCGGACAGCGAGCUGCAGAAACUAGGUGUCUGGGAGCUCCCCCAAAACGCCGACAACGCAGCUGGGUACUGGUUAAUCUAUAUACACGGCGGCGCCUGGCGUGAUCCUCAGAAGACCCUCUAUGGUUUCGAGCGCUCCAUUGACGAAUUCAUCAAGACCGGCAGCCCUGCCCUCGAAUGCGAGGUCCGCGGCUUCGUCAGCAUUGACUAUCGACUCUCUCCGCACCCCUCCUUCCCACAGGACUCUGCCGUUACCCCUCCGGCGGAGCUUCGUUGCGCCCAACACCCGGACCACCUACGUGAUGUCUGGUCGGCCCUCGCCUUCUUACAGCGCGAGUACGAUAUCCAGGACCGCUACAUCCUAAUCGGGCACUCGGCCGGCGCCACCUUGGCCUUCCAGCUGCCGAUGGGUUCUGUUGCGCUCGGUGCCGCCCCACCCCCGGAGGUCAAGAUGCCGGCUGCCUUCAUCGGCCUGGCUGGCAUCUACGAGUUGUAUGAUUUCAACGCCCGUCACGAAGGCUACACCCAGUUCAUCGUCGGUGCCUUUGGCCAAGACCAGGAGUCCUGGAACAAGGUCAUGCCAGCCACCUUCUCGGGUAGCUUCAAGGACGCCUUGCCUGCAAAUAACCUCAUCCUGCUGGCAUGGUCUCCCCAAGACACGCUUGUUGACGAGCCGGAAAUUGACGCCAUGGCGUCCAAGCUGGGGAGAGACGGCGUUGAAUACACAAUCCGCAAGAACCUCAGUCACGAUCACGACUUUGUCUGGGAGGAUGGCAAGCAAGUUGCACGGCUACUCUCGGAGGCCUUUGGUAUGUUGAGGAAGCCGUAG